AUGUGGGAGAGCGUGCUAGCAUAUGUGCAGGAACCCUCCGAUAUACUACACGUCAUGCAGACAUGUCGACGUCUCUUUUCUGCUGGUCUCGGGCAACUUUACGAGCAUAUCAAGUGGCAGAACACUAGACGCUUGGAACAGAACCUUAUGGCAUGGCAGCUGCUGGAAUCUCGCGAUUUCAAAUCCCAGCUGUUCACUAUACCACGCAGCCUCACCAUAGCUAAUUACAGACCCCUUACUCCGCCCCGCUUGUUCCUGGAAGAAGGGGAAGCGAAAACUACAUCCACCAUAACUAGUCCUACGAUUUCCAGCAUCGCUCACCGCAUCUCUACCUUCACGAACCUCUCAUCAGUCGUGUUAUUCACAUCAGCUAUCCCCGAGGAAGUGUACCUCGCAAUACUCAAUGUCCCACAUCUUCUGCGCCUCCAUAUAGAAGACUGCGUGCUUCCUCGUCUCCCGAUAUCAACUCGCCACCUCUUCUUCGGCCUCCACAUUCAAGAACUCGUGCUGCGUGGUCUGCGCUCCGAAGGUCGUCCGGACAUGCGUUUUGAUCACCUCUCGCCACUGUUCUUAUCUACAGCUCCUGAACUGCGUUCGCUCGAAGUUGACUGGACUCUAGAGGCGGCCGCGUUCCUCGUACACCACUCCCCAUAUGAUCAACAUCCCUUCUCCUUAUCACCCAGCCUCCAAUCCGUCAAGAUUAUCAUGCCGAUCGAGGCUUCGCUUCCUGAGGACCCAGACGACCUCUAUUUGGUAUACGUCGCGCCUCUUAUACAGUUCAUGCAAGAUACCGCAUCCAUCACCCACUUAAGCAUCGUCAACAAGCUCCCCAACUUCCUAGUGCCCAACGAUAUCCUUCCAAACCUUAGAUCCUUCAGCGGACCAACUAGCUUAUUCUCUAAGUUACCUAGACGGGAGCUGAGCCAUCUGCAGCUCACCGAUCCCUUGUCUCCAGCUCAGUUCGCCGUCUUAGAAGCCCUCCCGGCGGCGUACCCUAACUUAUGCUCCCUCGAGUUUGUUUUUCAUCAUUGGAGUCCGGGCAUUCUGCGAUUGGCAAAGAGCCUUCUGCUUCCCGGCCUCUCUGAUAUAUCAAUCGCGACCGGAUCUUGCGAGGCGUCGGAGGAUGUCUUCGAAGACGGGAAGCGACCCCUACACCCCCUCGUCUUCACACGUUGCGCAUCUCACAUGAUGACGACGUUCAUCAGCUCCCUUCGAGCUCAGUUCUCAGUUCUUUUGAACUCCCACCCUAGUCCCAACCUACUUGAUUAA